CUAACUGUCCCCAAAUCAAUCAAUCUCAGCGUCACUGAGGUAGAAAACUAGAAACCCAACCAUGAAUGCUAUUCAAUGGUCUAUGAUCACUGCAUUGCUCAUCUUCCUGCUUUAUCUCCCCUCUUGCAUUUCCAUUGAUUCCAUUACUCCAAACCAAACCAUCAAAGACGGUGACGUUUUAGUCUCAAGCAAGAAGCUCUUUGCGCUAGGGUUCUUCAGCCCUGGAAAUUCUGGCAAACGUUACGUUGGAGUUUGGUUUAACAAAGUUCCAGAGCAAAGUCAGCAAACCAUUGUUUGGGUGGCAAAUAGGGACAACCCUAUCAAUGAUUCCUCUGGACUUCUAGUGAUCGAUGCAGCUGGAGGCCUUGUCAUAUAUGGAAAGGACAGAAAACUCCCUCUUUGGUCAGCUAAUGUUACUCUCUCUUAUCCAAAAAACUCCAUGGCCAAGCUGUUGGAUACAGGUAACUUUGUUUUGUCUGAGAAUGGCCGGAGCCUGUGGGAAGGGUUUGAUUAUCCCUCAAAUACAAUGCUUCCCUUUAUGAAAAUUGGGCUGAACCGGCGAUCCGGGCUUAACCGGUUCCUAACGUCUUGGAAGUCCCAAGAUGACCCGGGAACUGGGAAUUUCUCAGCUAGGAUUGAUCCAGAUGGGUUUCCGCAGAUGUUUCUGUACAAAGGUCAAGCUCCCCGGUGGCGGAUCGGAUCUUGGAUCGGGCACAGAUGGAGUGGUGUCCCCAUAAUGGAUGGCAUUAAGUUCGACUCAAUCUUCGACGUUAGUUUUGUGAACAAUCAAGACGAGCUAUACGUCAUGGAUAGAAUUAAGGACGACUCAAUCUUCUCAAGGAUGGUGCUUGUUGAAUCGGGAAUCCUCGAACGGUCCAUGUGGCAAGAUCAGCAACACCAAUGGAGCAAGUAUUGGUCUGGCCCGGUAGAGCUAUGUGACGACUAUGGAGAGUGUGGUCCAAAUAGCAACUGUGACCCUUACGUAUACAAUGAUGGUAUGUUCGAGUGUGCAUGCCUACCAGGGUUUGAACCUAAGUUGAACCAUUCAUGGUACUUGAAAGAUGGCUCGGGUGGGUGUGUGAGGAAAAAAGGAGCAUCUGUGUGUAAAAACGGAGAAGGGUUCGUGAAGAUGUCACCAGUAAAGGCACCAGACUCAUCUACUGCGCAUGUAAACUUGACCUUGGGUUCGAAAGAAUGUGAAGAGGAAUGCUUAAGGAAUUGUUCUUGCAUGGCAUACUCGAGUGCAGGUGACCCGCAAGAAAGGAAUGGAUGUGUGACAUGGUACGGGGACUUGAUGGAUACAAGGACUUACACGAUUGUCACUCAAGAAUUAUAUGUUCGAGUUGAUUCAAUUGAAUUAGCUAAACACGCAAAGAAAUCGAAUGGUUCUCUUAGCAAGAAGGGAAAGCUGGCAAUUACUAUAACAUCUAUUUUAGUGUUCUUUCUUGUGAUCUCUAUCGCAUAUUGGUCCGUAAAGAUGAAGAGAAAAGGUAAGGAAAGACAAAAUCCAAUUCCAUUUGGUGUCAUCACACCUUCAAUCUACUUGGAAGAUUCUCCUAGUAGAACAGAUCCUGAUGGUAGCAGAUUAAAGUCGGAUAUACCUUUCUUUCAUCUAAGCACCAUAUCUGCAGCCACAAAAAAUUUCUCUGAUUCGAACAGGCUUGGAGAAGGCGGAUUUGGCCCCGUUUAUAAGGGAGUGCUUUCUAGUGGAACAGAAAUAGCCGUGAAAAGACUGAGCAAAAAUUCUGGCCAGGGAAAUGAAGAGUUCAAGAAUGAAGUUGUGCUUAUUGCAAAACUUCAACACAGGAACCUUGUGAGAAUCCUAGGCUAUUGCGUUCAAGAUGAAGAGAAGAUGCUAAUCUAUGAAUACCUGCCUAACAAAAGCCUGGACUCGUUCAUAUUCAAUGAAAUGAAAAGGACAUCUCUGGAUUGGACAACACGCUUGGAGAUUAUCUUUGGCAUUGCUAGAGGGAUCUUGUAUCUUCAUCAAGAUUCGAGAUUAAGAAUCAUCCACAGAGACCUAAAGGCCAGCAAUAUUCUACUGGAUUAUGAUAUGAACCCAAAAAUUGCAGAUUUUGGUGUGGCUAGAAUAUUCGGAGCAAACCAAAUUGCAGCAAAUACAAAUCGCGUGGUUGGAACAUAUGGUUACAUGUCACCGGAGUAUGCAAUGGAAGGACUAUUUUCAGUGAAGUCUGAUGUAUACAGUUUCGGUGUUUUGCUUCUAGAAAUCGUUACUGGCAGAAAGAACACCGGUUACUACUCUGAUAAUCCUGACUCAAAUUUGGUUGGACUUGUUUGGGACUUGUGGAAAGAAGGCCGAGCCUUGGAAAUCGUCGAUACCUCUUUGGGUGAAUCCUACCCCAUAAGUGAAGUUCUACGGUGCAUUCAAAUCGCACUCCUGUGUGUGCAAGAGUACGCAAAUGACCGGCCAACCAUGUCAAAAGUUGUGUCUGUGUUAGGCAACGAUGCAGCUCUUCCUUCACCAAAAAUACCUGGAUUUCUGUUGAAGAGAAGUAACUAUACCAGUGGAGAUCCCAGUACUAGUACUGGAGAUGCUGAUUCCAUAAAUUAUGUUACAUGCACUAUAGUUGAAGCUCGAUAAAGACUGAGGCCCCCUCUAAAACCUAGCUUGUGCGUUAAGCAAAGGUUUAGUAUUAAUUUUUUAUUACUAUAGAAAUGAUUACCUUAUAAACGCCUAUUAUUAUUAA